AUGGAUGCGAGUGUGUUUUUCGGUUCGUCGCCGACCCUGGACCUCGAGCCCAAGUUCGUGUUCGGCAUAACCAACAACGUACCGGGAAACUGUCUGUACUGGAAAAACGACGUGAUCGUGUACCCGGCCAUGUCGGUAAUCGUCAUCUACAACACGAAGGACAACACGCAGAAGUUCAUCUACCUGACCGAAGGAUCGCGGAGAGUCAUCACUGCCAUGGACUUGAACACCAACAAUCACGUUUUGGCUGUAGCGACGAUAGAUGAGAAAGAAUCAGUGGACGGGAUAGUGAGCGGUACCAGCGCGAGACCGGUGAUCAGCAUUUACGAUCUACGCACGUUGGACUUGAAACACGUGUUCCAGGAGCCGGACAACAACGACAAUGACGAAGACGGCAAUGCCGAAGACAAUGGAUCGAAAAAGACUUUUCGACGGAGGUUCACUAAAAUUCAUUUUUUAUGGGACAAUAUCUUCGUGGCGGCUCUUGUCGUCGGUGGUCAUGACGGGUCGGAUUGCACUUUGUAUUAUUACAGCUGGAGAAAUUCAACGAUCGAAACGUAUGUGCGGAUUAAUGGCCCCGUGUCUGACAUGGCAUUGAAUCCAAUCGACACUGCAAUAUGUUGUUUUGUAGGAAAAGAGUUGUUCCGGUUGAUGACUAAACCCGAGAAGGAUUGGCAGCAAUAUGGUUUUCGUGAAGCUGACGGUAUACAUUUUACGUGCGUCUGUUGGUUGUGCGGAGACAGGUGUUUGGCGGGCACCAUUGAUGGCAAUGUUAUUCUCUUCAAGAACGGCGACCCACAAGCUGUGUACCGCGUUGACGCGAUUAGUGAAAUCGACGUGACUAUAAUAAUGACAGAGAUCCAUCAGCUAUCCAUGACCACGAUGUCCGCUAAUCUGUCAAGGAACAACAUUGUUCGGAGCUGUUUUACAUUCGAAUUUGGUUUGGUGCUGUUGGUUGGCGAUUUUACCAUUUAUCAUUUUCGGAAAAUGGAUGAAGGACGGAGAUACGAAAAAACCUACAAGUUUAUCAAGGAAGAGUACCGGUACCUGCAGCAGGAAGAGGUAGAGGAUGAGUUACCAAUGCAUUACAUAGAGAGCGUAUGCAUUAGCCCCAACAGCAAGAUAUUGACGUUUAUUACGAAACGACCUCAACUAUACCACGCACUACUAUCUCAACCGGAUGAAAACGAUGACGAAUCGACGAUGCUUAGUUUGCCGACUAUACCUGGACCACUUGGCGUUGAUUUGCAUCAUGGUGUUGUGGAGAGCUUAUCAACAAGCUUGUGGAAACCGAUUCUAAUGACAUGUGGCAAAUUGGACUAUACCAUCAAGGUGUGGGAUUAUGUGCAGUGCACGUUGCUGCUGUCCAAACAUUACCCAAAACCGGUGUGCAUCGUAUCAAUGCACCCCACUGGGCUGUAUUCCUUAGCAGCGUUCUCAGACCACUUGGAGUUCCAGAUGGUACAGAUGGACGAUCUGGUGCCGUUGAAAAUCUUCCCAGUCAGAAACUGCACAGCGGUCACGUUUAGCGGGUCCGGUCACAUGUUUGCCGUGGCUAAACCGGGUGCUAUAGAGGUAUACUGUUCACUAAUGUUUGUGAAAUGUUUUUCGUGCCUCGGACACUUGGGACCAAUUGAAAAGUUGGUCUGGUGCAACCACGAUAUGAAUAUAGUCGCUUACGAUAUUGUUGGUGCCAUAUGUACAUUUGACACAAAAACCGGAAAAGUUUUAACGCAUAUUGCUCCCUACACGGGUGCAGCUUAUACGGAUUUGGCAGUUGGACAAGAUGUUAAUCAAUUAUUCGUCAUUGCUAAGGACGGCAGUUUGAAAGAAGUCUACGAUCGAAAGGUUAAACGUGAAGUGAAUUUUUAUGGAGUACCAUUGAAUGCAGUAUCAGUUUCUAAGUCAAAUUUGAUUUUAUUCAUAGCAGCCGAAAAUGGUGUUAUAUUGACUGUAAUAUUACCUAUGGGAGUUCAAAUCGAAUACAAAGAAUUCAAAAUUCAUAGUAAUAGUAUCAAGAAGAUGUGUUUAGCAACAGACGGCUCAGUUUUGAUUUCUUGUUCAGAAGAUUCGAAUAUAUGUGUAUGGGAAGUAAAAAACACAGAGAAUAUAACUAGAAAGAUUGAAAAAACGCAUGUUUAUACUGAUGACAUACUAGUUAACUUGUCAAAAUAUGAUAAAUUGCAAGAAAAUAUUAAGAAAAUUGAGACAGCGGUUAAUAAAUUAGAGACAGAAAAUACAAUUAAUUUAAAUACAACAGUAAAAGCAAAAGAACAGGAAAUUAAAGAUAUAAAUAAAGCAAACACAACGCAAUAUUAUGAAACUAUUAAAAAAAAUGAAGAGGAGCAAGAAAAACAAAAAAAAUUGAUAAGUAAACUCAAAUUUGAGUUAAAUCAAUUAACUGAAACAAAUGAGCAGAGUAUAAUCAACUUAGAAUCAUACUAUAACAAACAAUUAGUAUACAAAUAUAAAAAAUUUUCAAUUCUUGAAAACUACGGAUUUCAGUUGACUUCUGGGUUACAAAAAAAUUUAGAAGCAGUGCAAGAUACUUUAGACAAAGAAUUACAGGAGGCAGCAAGUAACAAUGAAAAGAAGCUUAGAGAAAAACUUGAAGACAUAUUACAAUCGAAGGAAAAACUGAUUAAUGAAAAAAAUAAUACUAAAAUGUUAGUAGGUGAUACUGAGAAUAAUGUAGAUGAAAACGUUUUUAGUAUAAAAAAUAAAUUCACCGAUAAGCUGAAUAAUUUAAAAGAUUUAUAUUCAAAAACAAUGAGUGCUUUAGCAGAGGAUAAGAUUAAAUAUAACUUGUAUAAACAAAGUAUCGAUGAACUAAGGCGGUCAUCAGAACUCCUUACAAAAGAUAUGGAAGAAUUAAAACUGGCGGCCAACAAAAAAAAAAAUAGAAUUUUUGUUUUGACAAGAUUAAUAAAACAAUGCAAGGAGAUUAUACCGCAAAAAAAUAUUCAAAUUUUAGAUGUUAAGCAACAAAUGUCACUAUUAGUAAAAGAUUUAAAAGUGCUUAAGGAAGAUAUCAUUGAAUUAGAACAAACCACAGAACCAUUAGAACUGGAAAUACAAGAAAUAAAAAAUUUGAAUGAUCAAAUAGACAUUAAACUCGAAGUUGAUAUUGAUGCAAUGAAAAGUUUAAAUGUAUCUUUGGAAGAAUUAAUAAAAAAGAGGUUUGAUACAAAAACUGAAUUAAAUAAAAAAAGGCAACAUUUAGAAAAUUUGUCAAAUAUUAUCAAACAAAUGGAAAUUGAUAUACGUGUGGCUUCUCAAGUGUAUCAUAAUACACUUGAAAACAAAAGAUUAAUAAUUAAUUUCUUCAAAAAACAUGUUGGAGAAACUGAGAUUCGUGAGAUUGAAGAAAGAGAAAUAAAAGGGCGAGAAGAGUUUUUCAAGCAGGAUGAUUUUUUGAAACGCCGAAUUAAAAGUCUGAGAAAUAUGUUAAAUUCUUUUGGCAAGAAAAACAAAUUUUAUUAUUUAACAAUGGAAGAAAACACGAAUCUUAUGAAAGAAAUUAAUAAUCUACGGAAAAACGCUAAUACCUAUUUAAAAAAAUACAAUAAUUUAAAAAAUAUAUUGGAAAUGGAAGAAAUCAAAAAAGACACGCAUAAAGGAGUUAUCAAAAAAAAAAAAAUUUAA